ACAAGUGUGUGUAAGAGAAGGGCAGGAGACACACCGGCCUGUUCUGCAGCUCAGUGAAGAUGACGCCGAGCUGGUGUGUGAAUCUCUUCAGGAAGCAGAGGUUUUGGCGUAAAACGCUCUACACGUCAUCGCUGAGCAGGGGUUUGGCGAAUGAGAGCGAUGGUGGUUGGUUGAGGUCCAUGUUUGCACACAAGGCGGAUGCCAGGAAAGAUGCCCACUCCAACCUACUCUCCAAGAAGGAUACCAGCGGCCUCUACAAGAUACAGUUUCACAACGUCAAGCCCGACUGCCUGGAAGCCUACAACAGUCUAUCAGCCGAGGUUCAUAAAGAGCUGCACAGAGCUGCAGAUUAUCCGUGCGAGGUGGUGGGGAGCUGGAACACGUGGUACGGGGAACAGGACCAGGCAGUGCACUUGUGGAGAUACUAUGGUGGAUAUCCAGCUCUGACUGAGUGUUUGGACAAGCUGAGACUCAACAAGGCGUAUCUGGAGUAUCGCAAGGAAAGGAGUAAAAUGCUGAUCUCUCGAAAGACCCAGCUUCUAAUGGAGUUCAGCUUCUGGAACGACCCUGUACCCAGAGCCGGGCCAAAUAUAUAUGAGCUCAGAACCUACAGAUUACAGCCUGGGACGAUGAUCGAGUGGGGAAAUCACUGGGCCCGAGCCAUCAAAUACCGCCAGGAGAACAACGAGGCUGUAGGAGGGUUCUUCACACAGAUUGGAGAGCUGUAUGUUGUGCACCAUCUGUGGGCGUAUAAGGACCUGCAGUCCAGAGAGGAGACCAGGAACUCAGCGUGGCUGAAAGAGGGCUGGGAUGUCAGCGUACACUAUACAGUGCCUUUAAUUCAGAAUAUGGAGUCCAGGAUUUUAAUUCCUACUAAGAGCUCACCUCUGCAAUAACACAGAAGACUGCAGGAGACACACAGGAGACACACUGAUGAAGAUACUGGUGGAUCUUCAGUGGAUUCUCACUUAUUCUGGACCAGAAUGUAUAUCCUGAAAUAAGCAAAAAAGAAUAAAUGUUAGUAUUUGAUUUAUUAGCAUUUGAUAUUUGAUGUAAAUCAGCAGUAUUUGUUCAUAUUUGAUGUAGAAUCAGCAGUAUCAACAGUAUCAGCAGUAUUUCUGUUCAUGGCACAUUAUGUUUUAUAUGAAUUAUGUGUAAAGUGUGUAUAAUGUAUAAUGUAAUGAAUGUAAAUGUAGUAUUUCAUGAUAUUAUCAUGAUGCAAAGCUCUGCAGUGACAUCAAUUAUGAUCAGUUUUUAAAACAUACACAUUUAGUUAGUUUUAUUGACUUUUGAGUCUGUGUUGUAUGUACAGUAUGUGAUAUGUUUGCAGGCUAAAAGUGGCACAGAAUGCAUCUGUGCCACUUUUACCACAGUGGCACAGAAUCAUUUCAACUCUUGUACAUCCUGAUCUGGAAUACUGUGCUUAUGUACAGUUUUCAACCCAUUACCAUUGUAUUUGUUAUAAAUUAAAUUAAAAAAAGGAAGAAAAACAUUGAA